AUGGCACUCAACGCUGCUGGGCGAGGCCUUCGCCUGCCCGUGUCCCGCAUGGGCCAGGCAUUAACCAUCGCCUCCGUCUCUGCCACCAACUCCGUCUUCACAUACUCUACUAAGACUCCCGCCUCGCGACGAGCCAUCUCCUCCUCUGAGAAGCGCCCGGCCACGAGCAUGAUCGAGCCCGCCGUUGAGACCCUGCUGCCCCCGGCUGGUGAAUCACCGCCUCGCGCCGCGCCGCUCUCCAUCCUCCCCCUGACCAACAUCAUCCGCUCCCUCAUCACCAACACCAUCUCCUCUUCUCACAUGCUGCUCCCUCCUUCUCUGCGUAUCAUGGCCAUGCUCGCCCACUCGACAAACCCCAUCCUCAACCCUGACCGUAACCCCCUGCUUGGCUUGUUCAUGAAGUACACCUUCUAUGCUCAGUUCUGCGCCGGCGAGAAGCCUUCCGAGGUUCGCCAGACGAUCAAGGGUCUCAAGGAUAUCGGUUUCAACGGUGUGAUUCUGUGCUACGCCAAGGAGGUCGUCCUCUCUGAGGACCAGAUCAAGAGCCUCAGCGGUGCCAAGGGCCAGGAGACGACGCACAACAUCGAGAACGAGAUCAAGCCCUGGGCUGAGGGAACUCUCGAGACCGUCCGCCUUGCCUCACCCGGCGAUUACGUUGCUCUCAAGUUCACUGGUGCCGGAAGCCUGGCUCUUUACCAGCUUCAGAACCGUCUCCCCGCUUCUCCCUACCUGGCCAACUCGAUCGACUCCAUCUGCAAGCUCGCCCGUGAACGUGGUGUUCGUCUUCUGUUCGACGCAGAGCAGGAUGCUCUCCAACUUGGUAUCGAUGACUGGACCAUUGAGUAUGCCCGCAAGUACAAUACCGAGGCUCACGACGCUGUCAUCUACGGAACAUAUCAGGCGUACAAGAAGAACUGCCCCCAGAUCAUCUCGGAGCACCUGGCCAUUGCUCAGAAAGAAGGAUGGACUCUUGGUGUGAAGCUGGUUCGUGGCGCCUACCUUGGAUCGGACCCCCGCCACCUUCUCCACGACACCAAGGCAGACACUGAUGCCUGCUUCGAUGCCAUCGCUGAGAGUGUUCUGACCCGCCAGUGGACCAGCGCCGUCAAAGGCGAGGGUGUUUACCCCAACACAGCAAUGGUCCUUGCUACCCACAACGCCGACUCCGUCCGCCAGGCCCGCGCCAUCGCUGAUGCUGGUCGUGCCAAGUCGUACAUCUCCUGCGCCCAGCUCCAGGGCAUGGCCGACGAGGUCAGCUGCGAGAUUGUCGAUUCCAAGUCCCCAGGUGCCUCCGUUGGUGCUUCUGUCCAGCUCCCUGUCUACAAGUACCUCGUGUGGGGUUCCAUUGGCGAAUGCAUGAAGUACCUUCUUCGACGUGCUCAGGAGAACAAGGACGCUGUUCAGCGAACAAGGAGCACUCGCGAUGCCAUGUUUGGCGAGCUCGUCCGAAGAUGCAAGGCAGUUGUUGGUCUUGUGUAA